UUCCGUUAUCUUCUUCAGUCUGUCGAGUACCUUGCGCGUCAGCGUGUUCGCAUCAUUUUUAAACCGAGUUACAUAAAAAUAUUUCAACAAGGGAAGUUAGAUAUUCGAUAUUUUAGUACGAGUAAAAUAUAUCGUGGAAGUGUCCGUGAUAAUGAACGAAACUUACGAAAAGUGACUAUUUAUUCGUUGGUUGACCUGGCCUCCGGUUCACCUGACCCAAAUAACCAGUGAUGUACUGUAAUAUUGAAGAAUCUCGUUUUGUACUGUUUGCGUAUUCAAUGGGAUUAUUUUUUGACUAGUUGUUUUUCGAAAAAAAAAGUGCAUUUACCAUAAACUUAACUAAGAUUUCACAAAAAAUAGAUACACUGUGAUGAAAAAUUUAAUGGAAAAGCAUCUUCAUGACUGAGAAAAAGUGAUAUAAAAAUGGGGCAAAAUAUGCGUUGGCCUCUUGUAACAUAUGGAUUACUAAUCAUCUGCUGUCUUUUCAUUAAUAAGUGUUUCGGAAAUAUUUACCCCAACUCAUUCAUAUCUCCAAAUUCUGCUGACAAACAUCCAGAACAGAUAGUCUCGGCAGAGGCGUUAAAAACAUCGGGACCCAAAGACAUUACUCCAACGUUACUAUUGAAAGAUGACAAUGAAGACAGGGGAAAUUUGGAUACAAAUUCCGAGAAUUUGUUGGGUGUCAGCAUUUCCUCGGUUGAAGAGAAACGAGUAGAACGUUCAGCUGAUCCAAUAUUGUCAAAAACAACGGCCGAGGAUAAUUUGUUACUAUUCAAAAAUAUUGAAGAUUCCUUUGAUAGAAACGAUGUAGAGUUGUCGGGAAGGGUUGCCCAUUUAAUUCAACCGUCCAGAACAGACAAAAACCAAUAUUUUGGCGUCGUUCAAUCAACCGUCGACCAAAGUUCGGGGGAAGUGAAAGGGGCUCUUCAGGGCAGAUCUCUGCAGGAGCCCCAGGAAAUAUCGCCAACUGCCACGACAUUGACGACUACUGCUACGCUCUCUAGUGAACCUGGCAAGCCUAGACAGGCCAAUCCAGAUAUACAGGAUAUCAUAACUGGUCUGGUCAAACUCUUGAAUGGAAACGUCAAUGUUCAUGCCAAUACAGCUUUAGAAAUGGGCCGUCCAGUUCGACCAGUUUCCACAAGAAUAAAUAAUAGGGGCCCACCAAGAAUAACUGAUGUUCCGCCACUGCCGCCUGAUUUCAAUUUGCCAGCUCCUCCUAAACUACCACCUACAGGUCCAGUACCACCGCCUGUAUCAACACGACCUCCAGCACCAUACCCUUUCGAGAUUCCACCAUCAAACGUCUCACCAAAGCGCCCAUAUCCGGGCAAACCUGGAAAUGGCAUUUCAGAAACGGGAAAUGGCAGACCUGGAUUCUACAAGCCUCCAACAGCACCACCUUGGAAUAGAAGACGUCCAACCAAACGACCAAAUCCAUACGUACCACCUUACAAGCCAUUACCGUCCAUGACAGAUACAGAUCUAGUCAGCUUGACAUCUGAGCUGCCUACUGAUGACAUUUUAACAUUAAAUCUGGACUCCCAACUCGGAAUUCACAGUGAAACAGACGAACAAUCGUUUGAUGAUGAUACGCUUGGUGAGAAGAUUGAUGGAAAUUUGACCAAAGAUGACCCCCAGACAUUAUUGCCACAGGAUUUAAAUAAAGAUCAGCAAACCUCUGAAGCUAUUGAUAAGGAAAAUGCAGCUUUUGAAAAGAACAAGGAGAAGAAUCCUAAACCAGAUAAAAGUAGUAAGAUUACACUGGUCACACCGACAAUGAAGACGGGCCUGCCCAUAUUGGAAACUCCUAUAUUGCUGAUUACUGAAGGCAGUUAUGCUAAAAAUAGUUCAGAAGUCAGUAAUCCCAUAUCCCCUACCAGCUCGUUGAAAAGUGAAGUUCAAUUAACACACGAUAGCAGCUCUGCAUUUCAAUCGGAAAAUAGUUCAUCUACUACAACUAGUUUACCUGAAGACCACGACAACAAUAUUCCCCAUUUGGAAUCGUCUAUUCAAGAGGUCCUUCCAACUAGUAAUAAUAGUAAAAGUACGACUGCCUUAAGUAAUACAGCGACCUCGGAAUUACCAUCAAUCUCUCAGACCCACAAUGUUAGCAGAACACAAGUAAAUUAUAUCCAAACUAGCACUGAUAACCAAACAACGUCUACAGCUUUUCCUUACUACCCAUAUAGACCACGUCCAGGUAUUGUUUUAGAUGAUACCGAGUAUAAACCAGGCGGAAUUGAUAGGCAGCCAAUCGUAACUAGACCUCCUUUAGGUGCUAUCGGUGAUAUUUUUGAUGUCACAGUGUCGGCUAUCCAGGGACCUGGUGGUCAAUCAGCUGGUCAAGGACAGCCGUAUGUAAUACCAGUUGAUAUUGAAAACAUUAAUGGUCACGGCGAAGUAAUUACGUCACCCGUCGGAAGCGAAGGCUUUGUAUCAAUCGAUGGAAAAAGGACAUAUCUAAACUUAUUUGGAGAUAAUCCUGAUCCAACUGGAACAUUAGCUAUCAAGCCUAGUGCAGCUUCAAGCAACCAAGUGGUACAAGGAACUGGAUACGUUCAGCCUGACAAAACAAGCAAACCAAAUUUGGGAUCAGUUAAACCAGCUCAGAGGAGACCGAGCUAUGGAAGACCUCGACCAAGUCAGCCUCCAGUGAGAAUCGACACAUGUAUAGUCGGAGAUGAUUCUACUUGUGACGUAUCUCAACAUGAGAUCUGCAGAACUGAGUUGGGCGUUAGUGCUUGCCACUGCAGGCCAGGAACAGCACGCAGAAAACACAGAGACCCUUGCAGAAAAAUCGUUUCAGUUUUAUUGUCUCUUAGAGUAGAUAAAAUCUAUGAAAGAAGAGUGGUUUGGGCGGAUGAGCUACUAGAAAAAAGUAGUGAAAGUUAUGGGCAACUCUCCUAUGAAGCUGAAAGAGCGCUUGAAUCGGCCAUGUCAAUGACACCAUUCAGUGACGAAUAUUUGGGUGCUAAGGUAAACAAUAUAUAUCGCGGGGACAGAUCCCAAGGUCAAGCGGGAGUAUUUGUUAAUAUCACACUUCAGCUGGAAGAUAACGCCGAUACUUCCAGACCGUCAGUAAGGGGAGACAUCCAGAAACACUUGUUGGGUGUUAUUCAAAGACGAAGUAACAAUGUUGGAAAUAGUGCUCUUUGGGUUGAUAGUCCACCAGGUGCCGUUUCUAGUUUACAAGAUCUGGACGAAUGUUCAUCACCCGAGCUUCACGAUUGUCAUACUCAAGCAACGUGCGUCAAUAUUUUUGGCAGUUUCAAAUGCGAAUGUAAUGACGGACUAAGAGAUCCCUGGUCAGACAAUAAGCACAGAGCUGGCAGACAUUGCGAGCAAUGUUCCGCUGCUCAUUGUAAUAACAGAGGCGAAUGUAAAUACCAAAAUGGACAGGAAGUAUGCGUUUGCACCGGAAAUUAUUAUGGAAAUCAAUGUGAGCUUGAUGGUGAAGUACUAGGAGUGGCUAUUGGCGCAAGUGUGGCAGCUAUUAUAAUUAUAGGUCUCACCCUAGUCUGUCUAGUCAUGUGGAGUCGGAAGUGGAGCAGAGAACAAAAAGCAGCUGUAGGCAGUCCUGUCUUCGGUUAUAUGGCAACCGCUAGUAACACUGUUAAAACACCUGUGGUAGGUGCCCCUCCAUAUCAACUGACACUCGAAGACCGUUUGAGGUGGGCACAAAUAGCCGAUGUAAUGGCUCAGGCCAAUCAUUAUGCUCCGGAACCUGGAUUAGCUCCAACAAGACCAUCCUCGGCAAUGUUUGGUUAUCCAACGUUGCCAAUUGGUAAUACAUUGCAAAGGCAUCCAGGUUCGGUGUGUGGUACACUACCUCCUGUUCCUCUCCCAAGAUUGAAUUUACAAGCUCAAAUGGCUAGCAGAGCGGCUAGCAUGAAACCAGACAACAGCAGUUCAAGCGAGGAAGAAGACAAAGUAGACCUUUUGGGUAGAAAUUUCCAUGUACCCAGACCCAAAAGCCGAAGCAACGCUUCAAUAGCUAAUCAAAGUGGCAUUUAUUACGAUGUCGACUACGACCAAAACGACAUUUACAAACCCAGCGGUAUUCCAAUGAAAGUGUUCGGCGGAAUAAUGGGCGGACGCCGGCAUAAUGACAAAGGAAACGACGACGAAUGGUGGUUGUAUGAUGAUUUUAAGCACAAAGGACGUACUAGUCCAACGACAUCCUUGUAGAGAACAAUAUAACUCGCAGUAUCUAGUAUUUAAUUGUAAAACAAAACCCUCGAAUAUUUAUUGUAAUUUUCAAUUAGUGCACAGCUCGCCAAAUAUAGUAUGAUAUCUGAUGAUUUUCCCACUGCUUCAAACGAAAAAUUGAAAACUUACUUUGCAAUACCAGUCUUAUAUUAGUAGUUAUUGCUAAUACCCAUCUACCAGGUGGUGCAUCGGAACACGGGAUAUAGAAAAUUGUUUUCUUCCUGUUCAUUUAUUUUUGUAUUCAUAGUUCCAUAUGUUUAAUACCGCACCUUUCGUUUCAAAUAUCUGCCUAGAUUAUUUUAUAAACUGUUGACUUAUACAGUAUAGGCUUUCCGGAGACUGAGCUGCGAACAAAUCUAAUACAGCGGAAAUGCCAUUUCCAGCAAAAUUCCGUUUAACCAUUGUUCAUUUAAGUUUUAAUUAGUUAACCAAGUUUUUAAGAAGUUGCAAAAAUCAUUAUUUUACACAAAAUUACUCUAUUUGGUACCUUCAUAUUGUGACAUCGAAUUUGACAAUGACACAAUCACAUUUUUGCUGAUAUUUUAAUUGUAGCUUUCUCUGGGCCGUAUU